AUCAGGGUUUAGAGAUUGAUCUGGUGCGCGCGUCACGAUAGCAAUCGCGAGCGAGGCCCGACAGGGGGAUCGCCGACGAUGUCGCUUUCGCAGAGGAAAGCGAGGCAGGGUUCGCAGCAGCUCGGCGCCUCGUCGGCCUCUCAGUCGUCGUCGUCGGCCUCUCAGUCGUCGUCGUCGGCCAACACGACUUCUUCGCAGUCGGGCGUGUCGAGGUUGAAUGGACUCUUUCAUCAUAUUCACCCGUCACCCCCGGGCUCGGUCGGCGAUUCUUACCUGGUACAUUCCUCCUUUGUCCCAAUGGGCCUGACGGUGCCCCCUUCGCAAUUCCAGACGCCCAGCAAAUCCGGUCGAUCAGCCAUUGUGAACAACAGCUCGCUCGGCACAUGGACUCUGAGGAUCGGCCAGCAGCAUCAUCGAGCCCAUAUCGCGGAAGAAUACGAAGAGGAAGAGCAAGAUGAAACAGCAGUCUCAGAUUCGGACACCGAGACGGAUUCCGACAACGAUGGCCAGAAGAUUCAUAGAGCCAAGGAUGGCAGGGGUGAUCGGAGAGCAGAGAGGACGCCAGAUAGGGGAAGAGACCCUCCCGCGGACGACACGUUUUGGUAUGAGAGCGUCAUUGGGCCGGACGAUCUGCUGGGUGAAGCUGUGGGUAGCAACCACGGCGAGGCAGAAUGGUCGACGCUCGAGCUUCGCAUAAGGGUGGCCUGGGACAUGGCCAGCCUCGACGUGCUGGCCAACGGGCGGAAAAGGCUCGAAGACGGCAGCUACCCGUCAUUGCGGGUGUGUAGUAAACUUGUCGAGAGCCCUGGCCGAGGAGCUGAAUUUGACUCCUGCGCAGCUUGCCAUUGACCGGGAUGGGGCAAGCAGUCAAGAUGCGGAAAAGGCAGAGAAGGAGGACAAAAAGGGAACGAGCAUCGAGCUUACCCUCAAUCGACUGACUGGCAUGGACGAGCUGCGAGCAGCGACGAGUGUAUGCGCAGAGGUAAGAGUCUUUUACAUGCCGACGAAGCUA